GGGCGAGCAAGGCGUGCGAGUGGGAACUGGUUGCGUACCGAUAUUUUGGUAAUUGGCUUUGGUCGGUUGGUUAGUUGGUUGGGUAAGGAAAAAAAAAAUAAUAAUAAUAAUAAUAAAAUUAAAAAAGAAAAAAAAGAAAAAAAAUAUUAUUACAAGAAAGUAGAAAAACACCUUCCUCAGGCUCAGCAGUCUGUAGUCGUCGGGUUGGGGUAUUAUCUAUCAGGAGACGGAGUGAAUGGCUGCCAUAGGGACGGGGUGCGUGGCGGGGUUGGCCGAAGUUUAUCCGUCACGGAGAUUACAAGGAAGUUGCUGUCCGCGGCGGCGGGUUCAGUGCCUCCGACGUCCUCCUCCUCCUCUUCCUCGUCUAUCUUUUUUCUGUCCCACUCCCACCAGGUGCCCUCAUGGGAUUUGCUAUGGCGGCGGCGGUGGGUUCUAUAGUAGAAAGAAGAAGAAGAGCAGUACUCGGGGACAAUAUGCUUCCAUGGUCGGUGUGCCAGUGGCUGAAACACCGUUUUUUACCCUGCACAAUUGCAUUUCUAGCUCCAUUUGCCGAAGCAGACAUGGUCCACUCCUCAACACAUCUAUACCAAGAGCCUUCCCUGACAAAUCUUCCUUUCAUUUAGUCAAGCCCAAACUUCACCAUACUUCCGUGAAGCCUGUUCAUGUUCCACGUGCAACUGUGGGCCCUGAUGAGCCACAUGCAGCAAGUACAUCCUGUCCAGAUGGUAUUGUUGAGAAACAAGAUUUGGAUUUAUUGUAUCCUGGAGUAGAAACAGAGUUAGAGGUGUUUUUAAAUUCUGAACUUCCUUCUCAUCCAAAGCUGUAUCGAGGGCAAUUGAAAAAUGGGAUGCGCUAUCUCAUUUUGCCAAAUAAGGUUCCUCCCAACAGGUUUGAAGCACACAUGGAAGUCCAUGUGGGAUCAAUUGAUGAGGAAGAUGAUGAGCAAGGAAUUGCACAUAUGAUUGAGCAUGUAGCAUUCCUUGGGAGUAAGAAACGUGAGAAACUUCUAGGGACAGGGGCUCGAUCUAAUGCUUACACUGAUUUCCAUCAUACAGUGUUUCACAUCCAUGCACCAACUAGUACAAAGGACUCUGAUGGAGAUCUCCUUCCAUAUGUACUGGAUGCCUUGAACGAGAUAGCUUUUCAACCAAAAUUCCUAGCUUCUCGAGUUGAGAAAGAACGGCGUGCUAUACUUUCUGAAUUACAAAUGAUGAAUACUAUAGAUUAUCGUGUUGAUUGCCAGUUGUUACAGCAUCUACAUUCUGAGAACAAGCUGAGCAAAAGGUUCCCAAUUGGACUAGAAGAGCAGAUAAAGAAGUGGGAUGUAGACAAAAUAAGGAAAUUCCAUGAGCGUUGGUACUUCCCUGGAAAUGCAACCCUAUACAUUGUUGGGGAUAUUGAUAACAUCACUAAGACAAUCUACCAGAUUGAAGCAGUAUUUGAGCAAACUGGCUUAGAGACUGAGGCAGUUCCUUCACCUGCUUCUAGUGCGUUUGGUGCAAUGGCUAAUUUCCUUGUUCCUAAGCUCGCAGUGGGGCUGGCUGGAAGUUUAUCUAAUGAAAAAUCGUCUAAUUCCAUCGAGCAAUCUAAAAUCUCUAGAAAGGAAAGGCAUGCAGUCCGUCCUCCUGUAAAGCAUAAUUGGUCACUCCCUGGAAACAGCACAAAUCAGAAGCCUCCACAGAUUUUUCAGCAUGAAUUGAUUCAAAAUUUCUCCUUUAAUAUGUUUUGCAAGAUUCCUGUUAACAAGGUUCAAACAUAUGGUGACUUGCGAAAUGUUCUCAUGAAGAGAAUAUUUUUGUCAGCUUUGCACUUCCGAAUUAAUACUAGAUACAAGAGUUCAAAUCCACCAUUCACAUCAAUUGAAUUGGAUCAUAGUGAUUCUGGAAGGGAAGGAUGCACGGUUACUACUCUUACUGUAACUGCUGAACCCAAGAAUUGGCAAAGAGCAAUAGAAGUUGCUGUUCAGGAGGUCCGCCGGCUUAAAGAGUUUGGGGUUACCAGGGGUGAAUUAACUCGCUACAUGGAUGCACUGUUAAAAGACAGUGAACAUCUAGCGGCUAUGAUUGAUAACGUAUCAUCUGUUGAUAAUUUGGAUUUCAUUAUGGAAAGUGAUGCUCUGGGCCAUUCGGUGAUGGAUCAGAGGCAAGGACAUGGAAGUUUGGUUGCUGUUGCAGGAACAGUAACACUCGACGAGGUAAAUUCUGUUGGUGCCAAGGUUUUAGAAUUUGUUUCUGAUUUUGGAAAACCUACUGCACCCCUUCCUGCAGCAAUUGUUGCAUGUGUUCCGAAGACUGUUCAUGUUGAUGGAAAGGGUGAAACUGAAUUCACCAUUUCUCCCAGUGAGAUUAGUGCUGCUAUAAAAUCAGGAUUAGAGGAGCCUAUUGAGUGCGAGCCUGAGCUUGAGGUGCCAAAAGAAUUGAUAUCUUCAUCGCAGUUACAUGACUUAAGGUUAGAGCGCAGGCCAACCUUCAUUCCUUUAAGUCAAGGAACAAAUGUGAAAAAAGUUCAUGACAAGGAAACAGGAAUUACUCAAUGCCGUCUUUCAAAUGGAAUCGCUGUAAAUUACAAGAUAUCAAAAAGUGAAGCUUGUGGAGGUGUAAUGCGGCUUAUGGUUGGUGGUGGACGAGCUGUUGAAAUUUCUGAGUCAAAAGGAGCUGUUGUUGUGGGUGUUCGAACUCUCAGUGAGGGAGGCCGUGUUGGCAGCUUUUCAAGGGAGCAGGUAGAACUCUUCUGUGUGAAUCACCUGAUUAAUUGCUCUUUGGAAUCCACUGAGGAAUUUAUCUCUAUGGAGUUCCGUUUUACAUUAAGAGAUAAUGGGAUGCGUGCAGCUUUUCAGUUGCUGCAUAUGGUUCUUGAGCAUAGCGUUUGGCUGGAUGAUGCAUUUGAUAGAGCAAGACAAUUAUAUUUGUCAUAUUAUCGGUCCAUUCCCAAAAGCUUGGAGCGCUCAACUGCACAUAAACUUAUGUUAGCAAUGUUGGAUGGAGAUGAGCGGUUCGUUGAGCCGACACCAAAGUCGUUACAAACUUUGACAUUGCAAACUGUAAAAGAUGCAGUGAUGAACCAGUUUGUAGGAAAUAACAUGGAGGUAAGUAUAGUUGGGGAUUUUUCAGAGGAGGAUAUAGAGUCUUGUAUUCUUGAUUACCUGGGCACUGUUAGAGAAACAAGACAUUCUGGAAAGGAGCAUGAAUAUAAUCCUGUUGUAUUUCGACCGUCCCCAUCUGUUUUGCAAUCUCAGCAAGUAUUCUUGAAGGACACCGACGAGAGAGCAUGUGCUUAUAUUGCAGGCCCUGCACCAAACCGUUGGGGAUUUACGGUUGAUGGGAAAGACCUGUUUGAGUUCAUUACGAAUAUUUUCCUUGAUGAUGCAGAUGCAAAAGCAGAUGCAGAUGCCCAACCAAAAUCUCAGGAACUGCUCGAGGAGAACAAUGAUAUUGGGAAGGAUUCACAAAGAAAACUUCAUGGUCAUCCACUUUUCUUUGGCAUCACAAUGGGGCUACUGGCUGAGAUUAUAAAUUCUAGGCUUUUUACAACUGUAAGGGAUUCUCUUGGGUUGACAUAUGAUGUCUCAUUCGAAUUAAACCUGUUUGAUAGACUCAAUCUUGGAUGGUAUGUGAUAUCUGUAACAUCAACUCCGGGCAAGGUCCAUAAAGCUGUUGAUGCAUGCAAGAAUGUUCUCAGAGGCUUGCAUAGCAACAAAAUUUCUCAAAGGGAGUUGGACAGGGCUAAGAGAACCCUUCUAAUGAGACAUGAAGCUGAAAUUAAGUCAAAUGCUUAUUGGCUUGGAUUGUUAGCUCACUUGCAAGCUUCUUCUGUUCCAAGGAAGGACAUAUCAUGCAUCAAAGAUCUUACAUCAUUAUAUGAAGCUGCUAGUGUUGAAGACAUAUACCUUGCAUACAAUCAGUUGAAAGUUGAUGAGGAUUCUCUGUAUUCCUGCAUUGGAAUCGCAGGGGCUCAAGAUGAUGAUGAUGAAGGUGCUUCCUUAGAAGAAGAUGGAUCCAAUGAAGGCUUUCCAGGAGUUGUUCCUCUGGGCCGUGGUUUAUCUACGAUGACACGACCAACAGCAUGAUCUCCUGGAUGACUUUAUUGCUGUCUCAUGUUACAAGGAGAUGCAGAGCAUUAAGUUGCAGUGGUAAGAACUUCAAUUGAUAGAAUGUGUCAAAACAAAGCUGUGAGCGCCUCAACUGGCUUGCUGUGAGCACCUCAACUGGCUUGCUGUGAGCACUUUAGGCUGUUCGAGAUGAACCCAUCAAGUGGAUAUGCUCCUACCUAUCAGCACCAACUCUGAGGGCAGUGUAGUGAAUUUAUAAUUCAUUACCGACGCUUUGAGCAUUUGGAUGAUGAAGACUGUGCAGAAAUUAUAAAAAUGCCACCAUUUUUUAUUACUUUUAGGUGAAUAAUAAUGAGAGGUUUCUUUUCUGUUGUAAAGUCUAAGUUCGAUUAUCCUGUUCGCAUUUGAUAGGAACAGUUUACAGGAUAUUUAAGUUGAGUUUUGUUAGCAUGCUAUAAGGCCCGUUUUGGGAAGUGUGGGGGAAAAUGAGAUGUUCUGGGAAAAUCAACCUUUUCUGUGUUUGGAUAAUUUUUAAAAGGCAGAAAAUGUAGAUCCUUUGGAAUCUGAUUAUCAAGA